CUGGAUGUUUGUAAGCUUCAAACUUGGAUGUAUUUGAAUGAGUAGCUUUCAAUGGUUUCUGGUGUCUGCAUUUUACCAUUGAUUAUCAUCAUUCACAAUUGUUGGUAGUGGUGCUUUUGUCUAUGCAAACUCUCUGCUUAAGUUUUGUCGUUGCUAGCUUUAAUGUAAGUAAAAGAGACGGAGUUGCCGUAAAACGAGGAGGGGUUGGGACUUGCCCUUGUCGUUCAACGUUUCUUACGUUUCGAAGGAGAAAGAAGCUUGUAUGCUAUGGAACGACCGGUCGUCUGUUAUUAUCUCUUUGCAUGAAGGAAGAGAAUGCAAAGCACACAGAGUCUCAAAAUAUCUCAAAUACACCUUUGUCGGGAUCUGAGGAGAACGCAGAUAAUCAGUCUCUUUCAACCCAGGGCUCAGGUGGGGAAGAGAAGAAAAGCAAUACCAAAAAGAAAUCGACGACAAGAAGAAAAAGAAAGAGUAAGAAACAAGAACAGCUACCAGAGAGUGAAGUAGUUACUGUUCCUAUUGCAAGAAAACCUAAUCCGUCUUCUGGAGCAGACUAUUGGAUAGAUCCGAAAGAUGUGGUUGCCCAAGAGAAAAGGGCGCCAGUAUCCAGUUCGCAAACAGAAAUUUCAAAAGACAUGAAGGACAAGCUGAAAACGGAAGUUGUCUCACCUUAUCGUCAAAAUUGGAUUCUUUUGUUGAUCGCUGCAGUUGUAUUACUGACACUGGCAUAUCGUUUUCUGCCUGCUGAACAAAUUUUUGAUCACAUUCCAGACUUGUGAUUGCAAAAUUGUGGCUGUUUAUAUUAGACUUGAGACUGGGUUAUAUAGUCAUGUUUUGCUAGUAGUUCUUGUCAUUUCCUUAUUAGUUUUUCCUUCAAGGUUUUUCCAGUGGUAUAUCUUUAGAUAUGAAAUAAACAUAGAUAUUGUGGGGGUUAUUAAUAAAUGGAAGAACUGUGAA